AUGGGUCUCGUCGAUUACGGAAGCGACAGUGAUGAUGGGCAGGAAGUGCAGCAGCAACCCGCUGCUAAACCUUCAGGUCUCGCAUCUAUGCUUCCUCCACCGAAGAAAGCAUCACGCUUGGGAUCGAUGUUACCGCCUCCAAAGAAGGGCGGACCGAGGAAAAUCAUGGUAAAUCUGCCAGAAUUAUCAAAAGAAGGCAUCGAAGACAUCGGAGAGCCGAACCAAAAGAAGCCGAGGAUUGGCGGGGGUGCCUCGGGAUUGUCCGCCCUGUUGCCUGCACCGAAGCGGGCUCCAGCGGCACCGGCACCGGCUCCGCCGUCGGAAGAUUCUUCCUCCACAGAGGAGUCAACGAAUAUUGGACAAGCCAAACGAUCGACAUUCCUUAGCACAACCAUGCCUGCACUUGCUCCGAGGCAGAUCAAGUCUGGCUACGCCACACCCAAACCCAAGCCAAAAGCACCCGCCCCGAGCGUGCCUCUAUUCUCCCUUCCUACUCUGCCUACGGAGGACAGAAAUACCGGUACAUUUGACGCGUCAAGCUACAAGCCUAUCAUAGCGACCACACCUCUCCCUAAGCCCAGUCUUGCGCCGACGGCUUCUCCCCCUCUGGCCGAUACCACACCGGCGCCUGCACUAGUUGACUCGAACGACAUGUACGCCCCAAAUGCAUUAAAUGGUCUGUACCCAAAUCAGGUUGCCGCUGCGUACACCAAUUACAACCCACAAGCCGGUGGUCACGCACAAAUGGCCUCCCAACUCGGCGUUGACGAAGCAGUCCUCGAAAAAUAUGAAGGACGCCGACGCAAAGGCCAAAAGCCGAUCACAGCAAACAUCAUCGACUACAACGUCGAAGAGCAAUAUAACCUUAACGAAGAACUGCUGCGCACUGGACAAUUACAACCGCAGACCCAACCUGUCAGGGCUAUUGCACCUGGAAGGCAUCAGUUGUCGUCUUUGGUAAAUGCUGCGCAUAGUCAGAAGGAGAGUUUGGAGGAAAAUUUUGCACAGGGGCGGAAGAAUAAGAGUGAAGGAGGGCAGAAGUAUGGGUGGUGA